AACUUCCCUUCACUCUCUUCACUUACUCACCAAACCGCCACCCACAAAACCCCAAACCGUAUUAUACCAGACAAUCCUCCUAACGUUCAUCUAGUUUUUUUCUGCUUCUCACUCUUCCUCUGCAUUUAUAUAUAAAUACGAGUCUAGAACUUGUUGGUGGGAGGGGAAAAAGGAGGAAAAGGGCGAAACUCUGUUCCUUUUUUUCUGGGGAUCUCAUUUGUGUAUUUGGGUAUCUCUUAAAAAUGGCUGGGACUGGAGUUUUUGCAGAGAUUUUUGAUGGAGAAGUUUACAAGUACUAUGCUGAUGGAGUAUGGAAGAAGUCAUCUUCUGGGAAAAGCGUUCCUAUUGUUAAUCCCAAUACCAGAAAGACUCAGUACAAAGUUCAGGCUUGUACACAAGAAGAGGUCAAUAAAGUGAUGGAUAUAGCAAAAUCUGCACAGAAGUCAUGGGCAAAGACCCCACUAUGGAAGAGAGCUGAACUUCUUCACAAGGCAGCUGCAAUUCUUAAAGAACACAAAGCUCCAAUUGCAGAGUGUCUUGUGAAAGAAAUAGCAAAACCAGCUAAAGAUUCAGUCACAGAGGUUGUGAGAUCUGGGGAUCUGGUUUCUUACUGUGCUGAAGAAGGGGUGAGGAUUUUGGGAGAGGGGAAGUUCUUGGUAUCUGAUAGUUUUCCUGGAAAUGAAAGGACCAAGUAUUGCCUAACAUCCAAGAUUCCAUUGGGAGUAGUUUUAGCUAUUCCACCAUUUAAUUAUCCGGUAAAUCUUGCUGUCUCAAAAAUUGCCCCUGCGCUGAUUGCUGGAAACUCCCUUGUGCUCAAGCCUCCUACUCAGGGAGCUGUUUCUUGUCUGCAUAUGGUGCACUGCUUUCACUUGGCUGGUUUUCCCAAAGGCUUAAUCAGCUGUGUCACUGGCAAAGGCUCUGAGAUUGGUGAUUUCCUUACAAUGCACCCAGGAGUGAACUGUAUAAGCUUCACUGGUGGAGAUACCGGCAUUUCAAUUUCAAAGAAGGCAGGCAUGAUCCCUCUGCAAAUGGAGUUGGGAGGAAAAGAUGCCUGCAUUGUACUUGAAGAUGCUGACCUUGAUUUAGUAGCUUCAAACAUUAUAAAAGGAGGCUUCUCAUACAGUGGUCAGAGGUGCACUGCUGUCAAGGUUGUCCUAGUGAUGGAAUCUGUUGCUGAUGCUUUGGUGGAGAAAGUUAAGGCAAAGGUAGCAAAACUGACUGUGGGGCCACCCGAAAAUAACUGUGAUAUCACUCCGGUGGUGACAGAGUCAUCCGCGAACUACAUCGAAGGUCUUGUCAUGGAUGCUAAAGAGAAAGGAGCAACAUUCUGCCAAGAGUACAGGAGAGAAGGAAACCUUAUUUGGCCUUUGCUUCUAGACAAUGUCAGGCCUGACAUGAGAAUUGCUUGGGAGGAGCCGUUUGGACCAGUCUUGCCUGUCAUUAGAAUCAAUUCUGUUGAAGAAGGAAUCCACCAUUGCAAUGCUAGCAAUUUUGGACUUCAGGGUUGUGUGUUCACAAAGGAUGUGAACAAAGCAAUUCUGAUCAGUGAUGCAAUGGAGACAGGAACAGUUCAGAUAAACUCAGCCCCGGCCCGAGGACCCGACCAUUUCCCCUUCCAGGGUAUCAAGGACAGUGGAAUUGGAUCCCAAGGGAUUACAAACAGCAUAAACAUGAUGACCAAGGUCAAGACCACUGUGAUUAACUUGCCCACCCCUUCUUAUACCAUGGGCUAGUUUAUUAUUAUUGGUGUUGAAAUAAAAUAUUUAAGAGGGAAAAGAAUUUUAUUCAGAGAUUGUUUGAUAGGACUUAGUUGCAAAAACUGCAGAUGAGUUUAGUACUGAGUUUGGAAGCUGAGAUUCAAACCAAUAUAAAUAAUGACUGUGAUACUGUGUCUAGUUAUUGUACUGAGAUUUAGCGACAAAUGCAUCUCAACUAUCUUGUGCCCUGUUAAUAUUUUAAGGAAUAUGAAUCUUGUUCCUGUUA